UAUGUCAUCUCAGUUUUGUUUCUUUGGAAAGCUUUUUCUGUCUUUGAAUAAAUGCUUGGUGCUGUUUGUUCUUCAACUUCUCCAUCCGCAACCCUUCCAUAUUGCCGGAUUGCCCUAUCAGCUCUCUCCUGCUUCUGUAAUUCUUUUGGAUCACCGCCGCUUUCACCACCGAAAUCACCAAGGGCAAGGCUAGGCCCCGGAUAUGGCCAAGAGUAUGGAACUCUGCGUCAAGGCUCAGGAUGGCACUCGGCUCCACUUUAAGAUCAGGCCUUACAUCAAGUUACGUAAGCUCCUCAUUAGAUACUGUGAGAGAAAGCAACUGGAGUUUGAGACGGUCAAGUUCCUCUACAAUGGCCAACGUGUUUCAACAAGGCAUACUGCACAGAAGCUGAAAAUGAAAAAUGGAGAUGAAAUUGAUGCUAUGCUCCCUUGCAUGGGAGCUUGAAGACUUGAACCAUAGCCAAAGACUUCAGCUUUGUUUUCAUUGCAAAUUAGGAGCUUGUGUAUCUAAGCGAUCCGACCAAUAGAUCUGGGAACAACUUGUUUUAUGUAGUUUUAAUUUGAUGUUCCACCCUGCUUAGCUUAUUAUCAAAUGCAAAGCUGAACUAUUUAACUUUUGAGAAUGCUGGGUGGACUGUACUACUUUUAACCAUUGAUGGGGGAGUGGCCUUUAAUAUCAGGGGGCCUGCUCCUUCUAUCAAUGGUUAAGUGAAGUGUAGUGCAGUCUGUGUAGCAAAACACACUUCACCCUUCUGUUAACUUUUAAUUCUAGUUAAAAAAAAUCUUUCAUUUUC